AUGUCUACCUACAACUUCACCAACCCUGCCUUUGGUUCAUCCAUGCCCUUUGCUCCCGUCGAUGGUCACUAUUCCUCCGUCAACGUCGGACAUGCCUCUGCUCCUACCGAUGGUCACUAUGCCUCCGUCAACUUCGGACAUGCCUCUGCUCCUAUCGAUGGUCACUAUGCCUCCGUCAACGUCGGACAUGCCUUUACCCCCGCCGAUGGUCACUACAACUCCGUCAACAUCGGACAUGCCUCCACCAGCAACGAUGGCAUGUAUCACAACAAUGUGGACUUUGCGACUCCUGGAUACCACCAGAACGCGUACCCCGUCUCUAUGAACAACGACGCUUCUGUUGAGUAUGGUAACCUUAUGGACUGCACUCCCACCGGCAACUUCACUGAAGCCCCUUAUCAACCUCCCGCCCCCCAGAUGUCUAUGCAGGAGAUGAUCUCGACUCUGAUGGCCGCGAUGACCCCCAAGCGCCGCGAGAUCGCUGAGGAGAUCCAGGAGAAGCACCCCGAGAUCGGCGCCGAGGACUUCCUUAACUGUCUGUUGAUCCCCUCAAAGACAGACAACAAGGAACGAAACGCCUACAUCGUUCAUCUUCGGAACUGGGGUGUUGGCCACGAGGCCAUCGUGGUCCUCGGCGACCUGAUCAUCUCGGGGUCGACCGUUCGUGGCAUCUGGCGGAAUGCCGUCAAGCCUGCUGAGGACCGCCCUCGCAGCGUGAAGGAGCUCUGGACCCCCCUCCAGGACUUCACCCUGCGGGUGGCUGUGCUGGAGAUCCAGGCCAGGUAUGGCCUGACUCCAGGCACAGUGGCGGGCCUCACCGGCAUCCCCUGGGCCAAGGUGGCCGAGCUCAUGGUGAGGAGCCUUGGCAGGGAUGCCUUCCCGUUCUCGGCGCUGUCUGUGGCCCGGCGCUGCAGGGAGUUGGAGGGGGUGACGAAGGGCGAGGGCGAGGAGGACGACGACGACAACGAGUAG